AUGACGCAACUUGCUUCCCAUUUGCCAAGUGUUCUCGCCAGAGCAAGGGCGCCGGCAACAUUGAAAAAGUAUGCAGCCUGCUUCCAGCGCGGGAGGACGUGGGCGGUCAAUCAGGGUGUCGCAGCUGUCGGUGCAGACUCCUUCCACGUGGCGUUGUACUUAGUAAAGCUGAUCAACGAAGCAAGGACGGCUGCGCCGAUUACGUCGGCUGUAUGCAGUAUCAGUUGGAUGCACAAGUCACACGGUCUCGCGGAUCCAUGUGCCAAUGAUGUCGUGGCUAAUGUUCAUCAGGCUGCAAAACGUAUUCUAGCCUGCCCGAAGAACAGAAAACAGCCACUGAGCAAGAGUGUUCUCAGGAAGCUGUCCAAGGAGUAUCGACGGUCAGAAUCUCUCCAAGACUUGCAAGUAAUGACGUUGUUAGCAAUUGGCUUUGCCGGAUUGCUCCGUUGGAAUGACUUAACACAGCUGCGGGUUGACGAAGUGCUGAUCAAGAACCAGUAUGCGGCCGUCUUUCUUGAGGUCAGAAAGAAUGAUCAGCUUCGCCAUGGCAAUUGGAUAUUCAUCGCACUUUCCAAGGGUGAGGCAUGUCCUGUACACCUCUUGGAAGAGCUGGUCGCUAGAGGUGGACACCUACAGCAGUCACCUUUAUUUGGCAAAAUCUCACAGCAUCGAGGCAAGAAGGUGAUCCGUGGUCAGAUGUCCUAUUCCAGAGCAAGGGAGUUAGUUCGCUGUGCAGUAUCGAGAGUCGGCGAAGAUCCGAAUGUUUACGGCCUGCAUAGUUUACGUUCCGGAGGUGCCACAGCGGCAGCAGCUGCCGGCAUCCCGGACAGGCUAAUCCAGAGGCAAGGCGGCUGGAGAAGCGAAAAGUCAAUGAGAAUGUAUUUCAGUGAGUCUCUGCCUAACAUGCUGAGAGUGUCUCGCUGCUUGGCAGUCUAA